AGUAUUUGAUUGUACUCAGGUAACUUCUUAGCUUUGGUUUAGUCCAGUUGCAAAAGCACACAUUACCUUCUAACUUACUGUAAGAUUUCCUUGUUUAUUAUGCUUAUUGUUUAUCUAUCUCUCCUUUCUAGAAUAUAAACUCCAAAAGGGCAGAAAUCUUUGCCUCUUGUGUUCGCUGAUAUGUCCCAUGUACCUAGAACAGUGCCUAGCAUAUCCUUGGUGCUCAAUUCAUAUUUGUUGAAUGAAUGUAUGAUUGAAUUAUUCAAUGGAUCUGUAUUAAAAGAAUCAAAUGAACUACCUGUAAGUUCUUGAAGGGAGACCCUGGGUGGUGCAAAUGGUUAUCACGCUUGGCUGCUGACUGAAAGAUUGGAGGUUCAGACCCGGAGGUGCUUCAGAAGAAGGACCUGGAAGUCUGCUUCCAAAAAAGCAGCCACUGAAAACCCUAUAGAGCACAGUUCUACUCUGAUACACAUGGGGUUGCCAUGAAUCAGAAUUGACUCAAUGGCAACUGGUUUUUAAGUUCUUGAAGGCUGGUGCAUUUGAGGACUACAUUUUAAUACAGAUCUAGAGCCAAGUAUUUACUAAGCUUCUGUAUUUGAUGGGGAGUAUACAGUAGGCUUAAAGAUGAUUGUCUCUCCGUUCAUUCAUUCUUUCAUUUAUUCAUUCAACAGAUAUAUAUUGAGUGCCUACUAGUAGCAGGCACUGUUCUAAAUCUGGGGUAGAAGACAAGUAAUAACAAAAAAAUGUUCCAGGUACCGGGUCCCACGGUUCCAGAUCCUCUGAAUUUUGUUUUUUUAAGAGAAGCUAGAAAUCGGAAUUUUUACGUGAAAGCUCCUGAUUUUUAAAUGUUGAUAACUAAUUUAAAAGCUGAAGUUUACUGUGACAACCAAAUUAAACAUGUAGGGCAGCCAAAGAUUGCCCAGGGGCUGUAGUUUAUAGUAUCUGGCUUACAUUCUAGCCUGAGGGAUGGUGUGGUAUUGACUCUGAACUUUAGAGAAGAAAAAUCAUUGUCGGCUGAAGAAAUCUGAAAUUUCUAGGUGGGUAUGUGGGGUCUUAUUGGCUGGGCAGGAAUUAUGGGAGCUGAAUGAAGGGAAGGAGGAAGGAGUGUAUUUGUCACUUCCAGUACCUGAGGCAAGGGCGCAGAGGUGGGCAGACAGGAUGCUGAGGGUGAGGAGGAGUGAUGGAGCAUGAGUGUUUCCUGAUCAGAACUGGUAAUAGUCUCCCAUGGACUACACCGAAUCAUCCUGUCUGGGUUAAACUUACAGCAUGAGUCAGGAUACAGGUCUGCCUGCUUAAACAAAGAUGCAAAGUAUUAGACAAUAGUUCUACCAUUGGGUUGCCAUGAGUCAGAAUCAACUUGACGGCAACUAACAACAACAGAGAUUCGUCACUCUCACAAUAGUUUGAGAGUGAGCAAACUAGGAUGCUCCUUUUCUCUUCUUGCUUUACCAUUGCUCCUCCUCGUGAUUCAAGAUGGCUCCCCUCCACGUCAGCAUCCCAGUUGGUAGGAAGGGAAGGGGUGGGGUGAUGACUGCCACGCCCCUUCCUUUAAAGGGUACCAUCCAGACUUUGACCUCAUACUUCUGCUCACACACCUCACACUUCUGCUCACACGCCAUUGGCCAGAACUCAGUCACAUGGCCACACUGACUCCAAGAAAGGCUGGGGAAUGGAGGUUUUAGCUGGGAGGCUACGUAUCAGCUAAAAAUGAUAUUUUUAUAUCAGAAACAAAGAAUGGGUAUUGUGAAAUAUAUAGCAGUCUGCUGCACUUGCUCGUUGUGGAUCUUAGGAUCUGUUAGGAAAGUUAUCUCUAACUGUACCCUCAGUUAAGAUUUUCUAAUUAUUUUAGCAAGACCUGGGUAACACAAAUGGAAGGUGAUACUUGAAGUUCAUGACAUGAAGAAAUACAUGGAAGUUGCACAGAGUUCCUGGAGUAGCAUCUGGUUGCUGGUGUUGCUGGUGUCGUGGUGGAGCUGCAGACUUUCCUGCUCAUCAGUUACAGCAGGGCUGUCUUCACCAGACCAGUGGUGCGGAGUGAUUUUGGGUAAUGUUCCUGGAUAUGCAGCCUUCAGGCCCAACUUCUCUGGCUGUCAUGGAAACUUGUGAUCUUUUCAGUAUCCUUCUUUGAAUUCAAGAGCGGGUGCCUUUGCUUGCAGCUAAGAAUCCUGCUUGAUACAUUCCCAAAUGCUGCAUCUCUAAAAGCUGUGUCUCUCCAAGAAUUGUUUGAAAACCUCAUGUCUCAAAAUCGCCUGGACUGCUUCUUAAAAAUGCCUAUUUAUGGAUUCAAAAUCAAUGGAUUCAGAAUCUUUGUGGAUGAAGUGAUUGAGAAGAAACAGUGAACACCUUCAUUUGUAGACAGGAAAACAUGGAUCAGCCGUUUACUGUGAAUUCUCUGAAAAAGUUAGCUGCUAUGCCUGAUCAUACGGAUGUUUCCUUAAGCCCCGAAGAGAGAGUCCGAGCCCUAAGCAAGCUGGGUUGUAAUAUUACAGUCAAUGAAGAUAUCACUCCGCGCCGCUACUUUAGAUCUGGAGUAGAAAUGGAGAGGAUGGCAUCAGUGUAUUUGGAAGAAGGAAAUCUGGAAAAUGCCUUUGUUCUGUAUAAUAAAUUUAUAACCUUGUUUGUAGAAAAGCUUCCGAGCCAUCGAGAUUACCAGCAAUGUGCAGUACCCGAAAAGCAGGAUAUUAUGAAGAAACUGAAGGAGAUUGCCUUCCCAAGGACAGAUGAAUUGAAAAAGGACCUUUUAAAGAAAUAUAACAUAGAAUACCAAGAGUAUUUGCAAAGCAAAAACAAAUAUAAAGCAGAAAUUCUUAAAAAACUGGAGCAUCAGAGAUUGAUAGAGGCGGAAAGGAAGCGGAUUGCUCAGAUGCGCCAGCAGCAACUAGAAUCCGAGCAAUUUCUGUUUUUCGAAGAUCAACUCAAGAGGCAAGAAUUAGCCCGAGGUCAGAUGCGCAGUCGGGAAACCCCGGCACUGUCUGAGCAGAUUGAUGGGAGUGCUUUGUCCUGCUUUUCCACACAUCAGAACAACUCCUUGCUGAAUGUACUUGUGGAGCAGCCUAAUAAAAGUGAUGCAGCCAGUUACACUAGCCACUCUCCUCCCGUAAACAGGGCCUUAAAGCCAGCUGCUACUCUAAGUGCUGUUCAGAAUUUAGUGGUUGAAGGACUGAGAUGCGUAGUCUUACCAAGAGAUCUUUGCCACAAAUUUCUGCUGCUGGCAGAGUCUAAUACAGUAAGAGGAAUAGAAACCUGUGGAAUACUCUGUGGAAAACUGACACAUAAUGAAUUUACUAUUACCCACGUAAUAGUGCCAAAGCAAUCUGCAGGACCAGACUACUGUGACAUGGAGAAUGUAGAAGAACUAUUCAAUGUUCAAGAUCAGCAUGACCUCCUCACUCUGGGAUGGAUCCAUACACAUCCCACCCAAACUGCAUUCUUAUCCAGCGUUGAUCUUCACACUCACUGUUCCUAUCAGCUCAUGUUGCCAGAGGCUAUUGCCAUUGUUUGUUCACCAAAGCAUAAAGACACUGGCAUCUUCAGGCUCACUAAUGCUGGCAUGCUUGAGGUUUCUGCUUGUAAAAAGAAGGGCUUUCAUCCACACACCAAGGACCCCAGGCUGUUCAGUGUAUGCAAACAUGUGUUGGUAAAAGACAUAAAAAUACUUGUGCUGGAUCUCAGGUGAUAUGUUCUGAAGAGUACUACUGUCAGCUCCAGACACACACCUGUGGACAUGUGGUUGCCGGAUUUUCUUAAGAUGUUCCCAGAAAUGACUGAUAUUUUAUAUUUAUACAUUUUAGAGCAGAAGGUUUGAUAUUUAUUGCUCUUGUACAUUUUGAAGUGUUUUUUUUUUUUUUUGAGGGGGGGUUGCUUUGUCUCAAGAGAGGUUACAAAGUUGUUAAAUCAAUACCUAUUAAUGUGCCCAAAUACUGUGACCUGAUAGAUAAUAAAUUGUGCUGCAAGCAACAAUAUGUCCAGUAUUUAUAGACGUCUUUGCAUAUGAUUUUUUGAGCUUUAGGUGUUUUGCUGUAUUUUUUUCCAUUCAUAUAAAAUGUAAUUCCAAACAAAGAAAUUCUGAGGAGUUCAUCUCUAGGACAGAUUAUCUAUCCGCCACAUCUCCCUGUAGUUCCCCAUGUGAAAAGAACCAUGGAUGCCGACAAUAGAGACCAUCUAUGUUUUCGAUUUCAUACAGUCCCAGCCUCCGAGAUAUGUUUGCAGUGAAUCAUGGCAUCAAAUGCCAAAACGGCUUCUGCUUCGGGAUAAGGUCAGAGGGACUGGGGUAGCUGAUGACUCAUUAACUUGAUUAAGAGGACUAAAAGCAAAGAAGCUUGAGAGAGGGAAAGAAACAGGAUCAGAUAAAAAUGAAAAGCCUAUUACUGUGAAAGUCAGCAAGGGGGACAGAAGACAUAUGGCACGGGAAAGAACAGAUAAUUCUCAGUCAAAAAGAAUGUGGAAACAGUACUUGUGAUUAAAAAUAUCUACAUAUAAAUUAAUGCUCAGGGAAUAGGAAAGAAAAACUAAGUAUGAAAUUGAAGAGGAUAACAUAAAUACAAUAUGUUAUGGUAUUUCUAAGGCUUGGUAGAAUGGGACUGUGACUGGUAUCUAGAUAAUAAAAGCUUUACCUGGAUCAAAAGAUCGAAGGCAUGAGAGAUGUAUGUACUAUGUUAGCAAAUUGAAUAGGUAGGAAAAACCUGAGGGUGGAAACAUAUUGGAGAAAAAUUAGCUACAAAUAUAAAUAGACAAGAAAAAGUAAUAUUGAAGGAGCAAAGUCUAACCCUCCCAGCUUGAAGACAAGUAUGGAUGAUGCCUUCUAGGUGACAACCUGUAGCAGACUGUCAGCGAGAUGACAUGAAACAGUGAUGGGGGGGGUUCAGUAUUCCUUCAUCUGCUGGACAUCCCACUCAGCUACAACCAGGUCCAGGAUACACCCUUGACUUGCCUUGCUGAUUGUUUAAUUUCACUGUAGAGGCUUUGAAUGUUAACCAAUAAGGAAAAGCAAAUGGAUGCUGAACUGAGAGAAACUUUGGAGGAAAGUGAAUAUAUUGUCUGAGAGAUGUCUAUAAAUAAUUCUGUUUGCAAAUCAACGGUUCCAAUGAUCCUAUAGUGGAUACCUUUAAGAGGGAUUAAUGACUAAAACAUAUAGAGAAGUCCCUAAGAAAUCCAAAUGCAUACUAUGGUAACCGUAGAUGUUCCCAGUGAAGUAAACACAGAAAAGGCAACAGAGACACCAGCAAACUUGCUGAUCUGCUCAAGUUUCAAAGGAGCCUAUAUAAAAGCUGGAAGUUAGGCACUGAGUCCAAGAACAAUUC